AUGCCGAAAAGAAAACUGACCGUGGCGAAGCAACAGGAGAAGAAGCUGCGAAAGAGGCGAGAGAAGGUGCGAAAACUACCGGUACCACGACCAGAAAUUGCCGUGAAGCGGUUCGAGCGAGGACUACAAGAUGUCCUCCGAGCGCUGAAGAAGGCCAAGAGCUUCGAGCGGCAACGGCUGGCGAAGCGGAUCAUAACCGAAACGAAGGCGUCCGAGAAGUGGAAAAAGAAGCAAGCAAAGCGGAAGAGUGGCAGCACGGCAGCUGAUGGGAAAGAUGGCGACCGUCCCGACGGAGCCGCUCAAAAGAUAGAGCGACUGCAGCGAGAGAUGCAGGUGCUAAAGAUUCUGGAUCUCGAAGUGGCGGCCCGGGUCCAUCUGGCCAACUGCAUGCUGCGGACCAAGGACAUUGUCGAGGCACCGGGACCGCUUGCGGCACAUCUCCAGGCCAUAGCCGAGUUGCCAACAGACAAGAAGCAGCGCGGCGAUGCGGCCGAUGUCCACAACGUCACAAGUGCGCUGUACAACCGGACGGAUGUGCGCGAGAAAGUGUCAAAGGCUGUUACGGGGGUGUGCUUGCUGCUGUGUGUGCCGAUUCCGGAGCGGUAUCAGCGAGAGGAAUGGACAAAGGAGGAGCGGAAGAACAUCAAGUCUGGAAAGGCGGAUGACGACGACGACGAGUUGGAGAUUAUUGACGGCACAUCAGACGAGGAUGAGAGCGAUUCUGUUUCUGGCGAGGACGAGGCCGAAGCCGAAAAGGAAGAGAAGGAGGGUGGAGAAGAAGAGGGGGACGAUGCCGAGCCAGAUACCGAUGCAGAAGAGCGGGCAUUAGACAGAUUUGAAGCACGACUGGGCGGUUUAUCCGAGGACGACGACAGUGAGGAUGAGGACCUGGAGACGCUGCGGGCCAAGUACAAAAAGGCACUGGCAGAGGGUCCUGUCGAGGCAGACGAGAGCGAAGAAGACGAAGAAGACGAGGAGGACCUUGAGAUGAGCGAGGAAGACGAGGAGGGAAUUGAAGAGGGAGUGGAUUUCUACGUCGACGAGGGACCAUCCCGGAAGAUUGGGGUUGCCUCGUCCGAAUCUGGGUCAGACGAGGACGACUUGGAGUCGGAUUCGGAUUCGGAUUCGGAUUCGGACGGCACAGACGACUCGGAUGAGGACGCCGUCGAGCCGCCACGCAAGCGCCGCGCCACUGCUGUGCUGCCGGCCAAGGACAACCGGGCCGCGGCAGCCGACUCGCGUUUCCUGCCCACGCUCAUGGGCGGCUACGUCUCAGAUGGCGGCUCGAGCGACGGCGGCCGCCGGGACGACGAUGACGCGGCCGCCACGCGGAUGCUGGCGCAGCGCAAAAAUCGGCGCGGCCAGCGUGCGCGACAGGCAAUCUGGGAAAAGAAGUACAAAGAGCAGGCACGGCACGUCAAGGAGGCCGGGCAAGCUCAAGCUGGCAGCGCUAAGACGGGGUGGGACGCUAAACGCGGUGCUGUCGGCGCAGAUGAAGGGCCUCGCUGGCUGCGGCGCAAGCUGGGCAGACAGACUGGAGGCGGCGGUGGUGCCAAAAAGACCGGCGACAUGACUGCAGCUGCGGCUGCGACUGGAUCCAGAAAAGAGACCAAGAGGAGCAAAGACGAUGCCGGCCCACUGCAUCCCAGCUGGGAGGCGGCCAAGGCGGCCAAGGAAAAGGCACAGACGGCAACAUUUACGGGCAAGAAGAUUACGUUUGACUAG